ACAAAUAAAAAAACAUACAGAGUGUAUCUAAAUGUGAAAAUAACCAAAGAACUAUAAAAAAUACGAUGAAAUAUUUGUUCUGGUCAUGCAAGGUUUAAAAGCAUUUGGAUUCGAAUGUUGCAAGAAUAAAAGUUAAUGAAAAACACCAUGGAAUCAGCGAAUAAUCAGCGUAGCAAAAGGGCCACAAGACCUUCAAAAGUUAGCAAUGAUACAAGCACACUUCAGACCGAAUGCACUGAAGCUGCAGCACUAGCAGUUUCACCUACUCUCGAGACGGUGUCAAAUCCUGGAAUUGUGCCUGUAUCAGAGUGUAGGAGAAGUUCUCGAAAGAAAAUAAUAAAGUUUGAUGUACGCGAUUUAUUGAAUAAGAAUCGAAAGCCACACAAAAUACAAAUAGAAGCAAGAAUCGAUUCAAAUGUCCCUUCAAAAUCUAAAAUUAGCUCGGGCGCUGGUUCUAAUGAAAGCGCCACCACAAGUUCUGCAAUUGGUGGGAGUGUAUCGGGAGAUUUGUCUUCCAAACAGAAAGCCUUUAUGGAAAAAUCCGCGAUAUUCAGACGAUUUUCCAUAUCGCAAGAACAAACAAAGCCCCCACCACCUCCCAUUCCUCCAAUGCCACCUACAAUGUUAGGAAAAGUAGGAGGGGAAAAAGAUUCUUCAGGCAAUGUAAUGAUAAAACCCAAGCAAACAACAAGCUUAAUAGUGGCUCAAAUGGAGAGUAAUGUGCGUUCGGUAGAGUCCAGGCGAAAAAAUUGCAAUAAGGUAAUAAUAACGGAAAAUAAGGAAAUUCCUAACGAAGAACCCCAAUCAUUUUCCAACAACCAACAACAAAAGAAAAGAGGUAGACCACCCAAAUUCCGACACCAAGAUUUGUCAACAACAGAUGGAGAAGAUAGCGCAAAUGAUGACUCUCAAAAAUUAACCCCUGAAAAAGCAACCAACUGGAAAGAAUAUAAAGCGUGUCUGGCUCAAAUAGAAAAUGAAAGCAGCGGAACCAAGGAAAUUGCUACAAACAAAGUGGACAACAAAAGUGUUCCCGAAUCCGAUACGUUAGCAUCCAAUGAAAAGGUUCCAAUGGAAAACAAGGAGUGUGCGGAAGGAGACGAAAAAGAAGCAGCAACGAAUAUGGUAAUAGAAGAACCUACAAAACCAACAAUGUGUUUGCCAGAUACGAAAUCUAAAAAGAAAGCUUUAGCACCUGUGAACCAGGCAAUUUCAGAAUCAAGAGAAAUAAAAGAAACAGAAAGUAGCUCUAGUGCAACAUCUUCGAGGCAAACUCAUACGAAAAAAAACCGGGAGAGUGCUGACAAUAAUUCAGCAAUUGACGACAAACUAAUCGCCCCAAAGUCUGACCCAGUGUCAACGCAAAUAGAAAAGCCUGCCUCCGACCAGUUGUGUUCAGAUAAUACCAAAAAUAUUACUUUGCGGCCUCCUUCGCCAACCAAAAAAGAGGAGGAAAAUAAAAAAAUUGCCACCAAACGUUCCAAGAGAAUUUCAAGUCUGCUAGAGGUGGAGAAAACUAAACGCAUAUCUUCGCCCCCCACAAAUCUUGCAUUGUCUGCAGAAAUUGUGGCAGUCGAAGAUAAUUCAUCCAAGAAUGCGGAUUUGCCAAAAUCUUUGCAAAUUUCCAAAGAUGAAGAAAAAACAACUGUUACUACACGCUCAAAGCGAUUUUCCUCAAGCUUGUCAGAAGCUGACAAAGUAAAACGUAAUUCGCAAUCACCGGUUACUACCUCGGAAAGCAAUGCAAAUGAAGAUAGUUUGCCAAAAGAUGCAAUUACAGAACGAAGUUCGAAAACUUGCGAAGAAGAUAAUAUUAGGUCUGUAGAGCAGGAACUUGAAACGAGAAAUUCCAAACGUACAUCUAAUUCCCCCACAAUCAUGUCGACUUUGGAAAAUGUUGCACAAGAAGACAGUAAAACCAAAGAUGCAAGUAUGGAAAUGUCACUAGUAGAAGCAGAUAAUAGAAAUAAUGAAGGCAAAAAGCGUUCAAAGCGAGGCGCAAGAACUUCCUCGAAGUCCCCUACGACCCCUCCCACAUUAUCCGAAGACAAUAUAAUUGAAAGCAAUACACCCAAGGCUGCUGUUGACAUUAUGAAAGUAGAUAGAAAAAUCACUAGGGGACUUUCAAGUUCUCCAAAAGAGGAACUCGAAAGGCAUACCUUAAAAACCCCCGAAAUAACUUCAACGCCUUUUAACAAAAAAGUAACAGAUUGUAGUUUGAAAAAAGACUUGCCUUCACCUAACUCAUCGUCUCUCGAAGUGGGUGCUGAAGAAAUCACAACUUCAGCUGGCAAACUUGCCAUGGGAAAUACGAGCACAGAAGUGGAGACCGUCUCUGAGGCAUCAUCCACAGAAAUUAUAUCUGAUAAAAAUUCGCUUAAGACAAUAAGAGAUGAAGAAAAUAAACCAACUACGAGCAAACGUUCUAAGCGAUUGCAGAGAAGAAGUAAUAGAACAGAAAUUAAGGAUGUUUCCGAUCAAUCAGAUAUAGCAGAUAAUGUAAUAGCAAAGGAAAUAGAAAGCACCGUAGAAAUCGUUGGUACAAUACAAAUUGAAAGUUGCAAAUUGAAUUCAACUGCCAUCACUGAGGACAUUCCAGAACUUCAAAAACCUAUAACGUCGACUGAAAAAGAGUGCUUUGAACUGAUGCAUAAAUCACCCUCUGACUUAAGCCAAUCAACGCCAGUGUCAACAGACAGUACUAAAGAAAAUCAGAGCGAUGUUGCAUCCACUGAACAAAUACAAGAAAGCUCGAAUCAAAUUCCUAGCUCCAUCGAGGCGAGUCAAGAAUCUAAAGAUUAUCAAACACUGCCCAAUUCAAAAACAAAAAAUAAAGUUUCUGCUAAACAGAGAAAAUCUCUUAGAAAUCGCAAGGAAAGUUCCAUUGAUCCACAAGACAAUAAAGAAGAAAUAAAAGAAGACAAAUCCACAGCCGACGUGAAGGAAACAUUGGAGACCAUUGAGAAGACCCAAUCGAUUUCAGAAGAAACCAAUAUAGAGGAAAACAAAAAGGAACCCCAGGAGCCAUGUGCUCCAGGUGGCGAAACAAAGAUUCUAUCUAACGCUGAAAAUGUACCAACAACUCCAAGUGAAAGUGUUGAAGUUGAAAACAAAACUUCAAAUUGUAUGCGGACAGUUUCUAGCAGUCCAAGUUUGGAAAAUAAAGAGAUAAACAAGGAGGAAGAAAUUAAAAAAACUAAGCCACAGACCAGUUCAAAAAGAAAAUCCACUAGAACACAAAAAGAUGCUGGCAAUGACAAAGUUAUUGAUGCAGAUAAGAAAGCAAUGGCUAUAGUUGAAAACAAUGACAAAAAUAAAAAGGAGGAACAAACGUCAUUAGUUAUGGAGCAAUUUGAAUUAGCAUUAGACGAACCAAAAUGUACGAAUGAAAAUGUUGGGGCUGAAGAUAAUCCAAGCAAUUGCGGGGAAAAUGUUGUCGCUAAAGGAAAUGCAGCUGAAAUUUCAACUCAAAAAGUUGAGGAAAAUCUGGUUGUCACAAAUCAGGAGAGCGUUGUGAUAGCUAUAGAACAGGCCGAAAUUCCAAAAAGAAAACCCAGAAAGUCAAGAUUUAAAAAUUUGCAUGGGCCCGAAGAAAGUGAUAAGGAAAUAAGUCCAACAGUUACUGCCGUUAGUCCUACCUUAACGGAACAACUUGAAAGUAAUUCAAAGAACAAAAACAAAUGUGAAUCAUUCGUUAAAGACUCUUUAAAGGAUGCAGCAGUAAGCGAAACGAUAACCAAAGAAGGUGAAGAAAAAUGCUUUUUGAGUGCUUCUACAGCAGAAUAUCAAUUUGUAAAAGGUGCUGAAGACGCUGCCACUAACGAUGCUUCAAGUCACAAGCACAGUGAACUACAAACAUCAUCUGAAACAAAGACUCCCACUACAUACGCAAUGCAAAAUGUCAGCAUAGAAACUAAUACCUUGUUGGACAUAUUACGCACAGUGCAGUCCAAUAAACAGGCGGCUGAAGACUUGCCGCAAAAGAAAAAUAAAACAGCACCAGCAUUAAAUGAUCCUCAAUCGACUGCGGCAUGUACUGGAAAAUUAAAAGAGGUUAAACUGAAAAAAAUCUCCGAUUCUACUUCAAACUCACCCAACCGUUCAAAUUCUGCUUCUCCCCUAACAUUUAAAAGAUCCCAGCAAAAUUCUCCCUGUCGCUCUGAAGCUUCAUCGCCAUCGACUUCAAAGAAAUCUAUUUCUUCGUCCCCACCUCGAUCUGACUCCUCUUCGCCCUUGGCUUUCAACAAAAAAGUAACAAGACGCUAUGAGAGGCGCAGUCGACGUGGCGAAGAUGAUUCAACGCAGCCAAAAACUUUAGAAGAAACUUUUGCAGAAAUUGCUGCUCUUAGCUCGAAAGCAGUACUAGAGAUGACCGCCGAUGUAGAGAAUGAGGAAACUUCUAUUAGGGAAAAUAUAACAGUGAGUAGUCCAACGGAAAAAGUAGAAGCGUCUAUUGAAAAUCCUAGCAAUACAAGCGCAGACUCCAAUAGUAAAAUAAUUGAUGAAAGUUAUCUGACAGAAAUAAAGGGGUCUGAUGCAACGUUUGAAAAGAAAUCAAAGCAGCCGAAAAAGAAAAAGACUCAAACUGCUGUUGAUGAGGUGGACAAAGAAACCUUUUCAGAAUUACCGGAUUUUGGCAGUGAUAAACACCAGGAUGAUGAUUUGACCAACGUUCAACUUUUAGAAAUUAGAUCUCAAAAACCUAUAGCUGACUGCGGCAGCCAGACCUUAUCUGCUUUCGCCGAUACAUCAUGUGAAAAGAAAUCAAAACAGCCAAAAAAGAAAAAGAACCAAUCUGCUGUUGACGAGGUGGACAAAGAAUCCUUCUCAGCUAUACAGGAUCUUGUCAACCAAGACAGUGAGAAACUCCAGGAUGAUAAUAUGACCAACGUUCAAAUUUCAGAAAUUACAUCCCAAAAACAGACAGCUGACUACGACAGUUGCAACUUAUCUGCUUUUGGUGAUACAUUUGCUAAAGCUGAUGAAUUUGUAAGCAGUGUCGAAGUCGUUCAUGCACCACACACUUCAGCAACGAGUUUGGGAGAAAAACAAGUUGAAUCAAGCAGAGUAUCUUCAUCUACAAAUGUUAAUGUUCAAGAAUUGCAAGGACAGAGUGAUCAAAUAAAGAAUGAAGAGUCUUCAUUAGCUGAACAUAUCCACAAGGAUCCACUUGUACUAGCGGACGAACCUAAAGAAGAAGAAAAGGAUGAAGAAAUAGAAGAUACACCAAAACAAAUGUCCAAAACAAGCCCCUCAAUGUCGGGUGGCGAGAAUAAAGGAAACAGUAAAAAAUCCAAUAAAAAAGCCAAAUCUAUAGACAAUAUUGAAAGUCCAAAACAGGAUGAAACUUUAGAAAAGGCUCUAACAACCACACCAUCGAAAAAGGGUAAAAAAGGUAAAACAUCUAUACAACUGCAAGAGCCAUCGAAUUCCCCCACUUCUCACAGCAGCGGGGGCAAAAAGAAGCAAGCCUGUAUUAAGGAGCCGCAUAGCACAGAGAAGAAGAAUGAGGAGGGGGAGGAACAUGAAUUCCAAAGGGAUGGGGAUAACGAACCGACUGCUGAUGUUUCACCAGUAGACGAAAAAAUUGCCAAGAAAAAACGACAGCGGAAACUGAAGGAAGCCUUUGAAGCCGCCCUAAAUGAUAAACCAUUAGAUGUAGGGGAGCAUAAUACAUUGACGCCCUCAUCAUCUCCCACAUUUGGUUUAAAGUAUUUGAACAAAUCACCCCCAACGCCUCCUGAAGCUGAAGUUAAAGCAACAACAACAACAACACCACCAACAACUACUACUGUAAAUUCUCCCGAGUCUGAAGAUGAUCCAUUGAAAGAUAUUGAGAAGUUCAUAGAAGACGGAGUGAAUUUGUUGAAAAAAGGCUAUAAAAUCGAUGAGGACAGUGUAGAUAAUGAUGAUGUCAUUCCCUCAAAAGAUUUAGAAGAUAAACGCAUUUGCAGCACUGAAAUCGAAACAAUCGUUCCAGCUGAGGUGCAAACAACGGAAAAAGAGGCGAUAGUUACAUUUAGUACAUAUGAGACACCAGCUGACACACCCUUAGCUACACCCAGUGUUACGCCACCACCUAAAAGCCCCGAAACAGCUUUAACUCCCGACGAUGAACAAACCUCAUCGGGGGGUGUUCGUAGAUCGCAUCGCAUUAAACUUAUAACUAAAAUGCCCAAAGCUUUGGUCGGUCGAGGACUCGUAAGGGACAAAGAACGUUUUUCCAUCAAAGACGAUGUGGAAACCAAAAGCCACUAUACCUUGGAUGACCAUCUCCUUGACUUGGCCGAAGUGGAAGCUAAAAAUGCUAAAUUCUUGAAGGAAAUGGAAGAACGUCUUAGUAACUUCCAAGUCAUUAAGGAAAAUGAAUAUAAAUGCGAAAGAGUUAUAAGUAGAGAGGCCCGAAAAAUGAUUUGCGAUUGCUUUCUAACGCCCGAAGAGGAGGAGAGGGGCGAACUGGCAUGUGGAGAGGACUGUUUAAAUCGCCUACUUAUGAUAGAGUGCGGCAACGAGUGCAACGUUAAAGAACGUUGCACAAAUAAACGAUUCCAAAAAUUCCUUUGCUCACCUUGCCGAGUUUUCCGUACAGAGAAGAAGGGAUUUGGUAUUAUGGCCGACAUAGAAAUUCUACCCGGCGAAUUCAUAAUGGAAUAUGUGGGAGAAGUAAUUGAUACCGUUGAGUUUGAACGUCGCAGAAUCGAAUACUCAGAGGAAAAAAAUCGCCAUUAUUACUUCAUGGCUCUGCGUAGUGAUGCCAUCAUAGACGCCACCAUUAAAGGCAAUAUAUCAAGGUUUAUAAACCACUCGUGCGACCCGAACGCCGAAACCCAAAAAUGGACUGUUAACGGAGAACUGAGAAUUGGAUUCUUUAGUCGCAAAUCAAUAAUGCCAGGCGAAGAGAUAACAUUUGACUAUCAGUAUCAACGCUAUGGACGAGAGGCCCAGCGUUGUUAUUGUGAAUCCUCAAAUUGUCGUGGAUGGAUUGGUCAAGAGCCAAAUUCCGAUGAGGGUGAACAAGUCGAUGACGAAGAUGAAUCCGACGAUGAUGAAGAAGAGGAGGAUGCCAGCACAAAUCUGCUGGAGGAAGAUGAUGAUGAUAGCGACGCCAGUGUCUCCGACCCAGAUGAGGUACAAAAGAAACUCGAAAUGGCCGCAGCUCAAGCAGAAGUGGAACUUGCACCCAUACCUUUGAGCGAGCAAGAGCUCGAAAAGGAGAGCCCAGAAACAAAAAGUCAAAGGCAGCAAGAAGACUCAGUCAAACCUGAAUCGGAGGAAGAUUCUAAAAGCAAAUUUAAGAAAUUACUUUCAAAAAUGGCUGAAAAAGUUGCCGCCAAAAAUAAGCAAACUAAGCGGGAACAGAAAAAACUACAACGCAAAAAGAAAUCAAAAGAAUCUUCAAUGGAUUUGGCCAACAAACAAAGGUCACUGGAGGAUCCUGAUAUAGAGGACGAGGUAGGAUUUUUGAGUAGGUGUGGUCUGAAAACGCAAUCGGAUACUUUGCGUUUAUCACGUCUGAUGGUGAGAGCUAAAUUGGUUCAGACCAGACUUAAUCUUCUAAGCAUAUUGCGCAAAGGUGAAUUGCCAUGCCGUCGACUCUUUUUGGAUUAUCACGGUCUUCGGUUGCUGCAUGGUUGGAUGAGCGAGGAUGCUGGUAAUAUGCAAAUACGUCUGGCCCUACUACAGACACUAGAAUUGUUGCCAGUAGCAAAUAAAACCGUCUUGACGGACAGUAAAGUUAUGCAAGUUGUGCGAAAUUGGUGUGGUUCCACCAACACCUUGUCACCCAAUGAGGACUCCCUUAGUAGCAACAGCAACUCGCAGGAUGGCACACUUCAAGCAAUGAACAGCGAUAGCCUGCAAUCGAAUUCCGAAUGUGUAGAGCUACAGAAACUGGCAUCAAAAUUAAUAACCACAUGGGAAGGUCUGCCAGAAAUCUUCCGCAUACCUAAAAAAGAGCGCAUCGAACAAAUGAAGGAGCACGAACGAGAGGCUGACCGCCAGUAUGCCGAAACUGAAGGUGACCGUUAUUCCAGAGAUCAAUACCGCACUGACCGCUUUGGUAGAAGAUUUCCUACGAAUAGUCGUUUCGCCAGGCACAAUUCCAAGCAACAGCAGCAGCAACAACAACAGGCCCUGCGAACCACAAAUGUUACACCCGAAAAUUCCAAAAGCCUAUCGAAAACUCAGCGAAGAGAAAUGUUUGCAGCAAAAGUCGCCAGAGAUGAAGCAGAAAAGCGCAUGGCAGAAGAGCGAAGGGAAUUCGAAACCAAAUGCCGUUUCUUUGGCUUGGAUCCUAAAAAAACGAGACUCCAAGAUGUUCCAUUUUGCGUAAAUCCUGCCACAGGUCAAUGGUAUUCGGUGGAACGCAAACCCAUAGCAAUACCACCAAGUUAUGCACACGUCCAAGUUCCUGUAAAACCAAAAUCUACCAAUCCCAUAGAUUACCAGCUGCCCGCCGUAUGCAGUACUUUGCCGCCACAAUGGAAAUUUGCUAUAACACCUCUGGGCCAAAUAUACUACUAUCAUGUGCAAUAUCGCAUUCCGCAAUGGGAACCCCCCACACCGGCUCAACUCCAACUUUGUGAGAGUACCAUAGAUGAUGUUGAUUCGGGGAACGAGCACACAUCCACUACUGGGGCCGACAGCAGCGAAGAUGACGAUGAGAUAUUAAUAGGCAUGGAUGCAGUACAAUUAAGGGCUUACAUUAAUCGUAAAGUAGAGAUACGUCGUCAGAAGCGCUAUCAACGUUUAGUUGAUGAACGAGCUAUAAGUCCGCGACGCGAAGAAGAUCGCAUAUACAAUCAACUGGAAGUACGAAAAUAUAAGGAGAAUAAAGAAAAGAUUCGAAAGCGUAAAGAGGAAAUACGACGUAGACGUUCCGAAGCAUUGAGACAAUCCUCGCUUAACAUGUGUACUUUGGGAAGCUUGUCGGAUGCCACAGUAAAACUCGAGACAGAAGACGAUGUGGGGGGCAUAGUUCCAAUACAAGACUAUUUACUGUCCUCUGACGAGGACGAAGAUAUAAAGGCCGAAAUCAAUAGCCCCUUAAUGGAUAAAAUUGUGGAGGGUGAAAAAAUUGUCGAUGAAUUGGAUGCGCUAACAACGAAGAGGCCUUUAAAAAGACCUCUACCCUCCCAUCGAGAUUUUAGUGAAUCUUUCACAAGCCAGCCAAGUGUUGCUGCAUUGCCAGGCACAUCAACAUCCAGCGAGAGACAGGAAUACAAGAAAAGAAAACUGGAGAAAAAGGAAAAACGAAAACCCAAGGAACAAGAUGCGAAAUAUCGAAGGAACAAGGAGAAGUUCCGUUGUGAAAUUGCUGGCAUUAUUGUUCAUCAUUUAAAGCCAUAUCGUAAGGACUCCUGUACCGUAGGACGAAUAAAAUCAAAUGAUGAUUUCAAUCAUUUAGCCCGCAAGUUAACUCACUUUGUCAUGAUAAAAGAACUGAAAUAUUGUGAAUCUGUGGGACAGACGUUGGUCGUCACCGAAUCAGUGAAAAACAAAUCGCGAGAAUUUAUAAAAAAAUAUAUGGCCAAGUACGGCGAUGUGUAUACAAAACCAACAAAUGAUCCGGAAUUCAAGGAUAUACCAUUUACAUUGUAAUUUAUGAUUUUUUUCCCCAACUAUUUUAAUUUUUUUUUUUUGCUUUUUCAACAUUUUCCAUCAUUUGUUGCAAUUUCAUAAUUUGUUAGAAAAAAAAAAACACUCAUAUAAACAUCAUUAAAAUAUUCAAAUAUUUGCAUAAUUGUGAAGCAUUACAAACCAAUUUUGAUCUGUACAUUAAUUACGACAAUUAUGAGUUU